GAAAGAACCGGACACCACAGCGUCGGAUGUGUAUAUGCUUGGCAUUCUUAUGUGGGAGGUCUACACCCUAGGCGGUCCUACACUAGUACAACGCCUUCGGUUUGAGAAAGAAAACGCCAUGUACUUGGAAAGACCGAUGGAGUGCAUGUCUGGUGAGCUAUACGACAUAGCGGUGGCUUGUUGGAACCCGAACGCCGACGAACGGCCCCUACUGCCGGCAUUGGUAACCAAGCUGGAAUCUAUCUUUGACAGACACGAGGAGAUGCCAUCUGGCAGGAAUAGUAUCUUGGCUGUGCUCCUCUUCACCACGCUCUACAAACACACAAUACGCAUGAAUACCAGCACACAGCAAGCACUGUCAUGGUUGUACUCUACUUCGUUUCACUACACAGUCACGCCAUCUAUGAAGACUCAGGGCUACUACGAUGUGUGCGGUACGAAAGGUGCCUCCGCCCCAGGCAGUGGGUGUGACAUGGCACAACUGGUGCCUAAGAUGAGCAUGCCUGUAGAUGUACAACAUGGCCACCCAAGCUACUCGGGAAUAUCCUAG